UUUUCUGCUAUUUAUAUUUCCCCGGUUAAAGCCAGUACUGUACAUGCUACUCAAAACACCACUAUUCACACUUUCCAAACCCUAACUAACUACGAAGUUCUGCUCCCUUUCCAUAUUCACACUCGUUAAAUGCCGGCGAAACUGGAAAUUUUCCGUUAAACUGUUGCAGGCAUUGGAUAAUUUUUUGAUUUGAUAUUGGUGGUGAUUUUAUUUCUGUUGGUAAUAUAAAGAGUUGCAUGAUUGCCGGAGAUGGCGUCAGCAUGCGUGAACAACUUAGGAUUAUCACCGGAGAGUUUUUUGGACUGUCCUCCUUCGAAAUAUCCUUCGUACGGGUGGCUGAGCCCAAGAAUCUCUUUCAGCCAUGAGGAGGAGGUAAAAGCUGCGGUAGUUAAUCCUUCAACCAAAACUGAAGCCAAAUCGGAUAAUGCAGUUGUGGAAAAGACGGAAAAAUCAGAUCCAGAAGUAUCAGGUGAAGCUUUUGUCGAUUUUGAGUUCCGAUUGGAAGAUCCAGUUACAAUGCUCCCUGCCGACGAGUUGUUCUCCGACGGAAAGCUCAUGCCAUUGCAGAUUUCUUCCAUUCAGAAAUCGAUGAGAUCAGCCCCAAUGACAUCUGAGGUCAGAUCGCCGGACACGCCAAUACUGCGCAUCAGAACGGAGAUUUCUCUUACAGAUCCUUACUUAUUUUCACCCAAGGCUCCCAGGUGUUCGAGCCGCUGGAAAGAGCUUCUAGGCCUGAAAAAGCUCUACCAGAACAGCAAUGCAAAGCCAGAAGAUCAAAAGGCGGCCUCCGCAUCCAAUAGUAAAAACGCCGCAAGAAGCUUAAAGCACUUACUCCACCGCAGCUCAAAAUCUUCAGUGAAUGCAUUCAUUGAUUCAUCUUUAAGCUUCCCAUUAUUGAAGGACACGGACAAUGAGUCGGUCUCAAUUUCCUCCCGGCUUUCGCUUUCGUCUUCUUCUUCAGGACAUGAGCACGAUGAUCUCCCAAGACUCUCUCUCGAUUCCGACGAGCCGAGUACUCUUACUCGUAGCUCUCACCGGAAUACCAGCACUGUUUCCCGAGUCCGAGUUGUCAAACCUAGGGCAUUAUCGCCAGAGAAUCCAAAUACGACGACUCGAGUGGUGCGUAGCCCAAUGCAAAGAGCACCGGAGUCUACUGCACAAGCGUGUGGAGUUUCUGCAGAUAGUCCUCGCAUGAAUUCCUCUGGUAAAGUCGUGUUUAAUAACUUGGAGAGAAGUUCCAGUAGUCCCAGCAGUUUCAACGGUGGCCCCAGAUAUAAACACCGAGGAAUGGAGAGGUCUUAUUCUGCUAAUGUUCGUGUUACUCCGGUUCUGAAUGUUCCGGUUUGUUCACUUCGAGGCUCGUCCAAAUCUGGUGUUUUUGGCCUAUUUUCCUCUCAACAGAAGAAAGAAAGUAGCGGUGGCAGCAGCGGCAAUGGUGGUGGCAACAGAGGACAGCAAAGUCAAAGCAAAGAACCGUACGGAUUGAACUCGAGAGAUGGAAAGCAUGUUAUGCGUGACACAAUUCCAAUGCAGAGUUGGAUUCAAAUGGGCUAACAAUGAAAAAAAUCACUGUACAGAUGCGAGUUGGUACUCCUUGAAAGGAUUGC